GAGAGGAUGUGAUGUGGAGAAGGAGGCGGUUUAUUACAGGAUUAUUUUGCGUUACGCCGAAGUUUUGUGAAAAUUCUCGUUUGUUUGAAAGCCAGCGACAGGUCCACUGCAAUGUCUGCCAAACACAGCUGCUCAUUAUUGGACACAUUUUCAACCGGGUAAUCCAGAGUUUUGCGUUUGGAUUACUAUACAUUUCUGCUCCUGCUGUGUUUUGUAGCUUGACAAAUCUAUUCAAAGUAUCUUCCAGGACCGGAUCACUUGCUGUGGACCUAAAUGUUACUUCUCGAGUUGGUCCUUAUUUGGGAGAUUGUUUGACUAGCCGGUGAAGUUAGUCUCACUGUGGAGGCUGGAGACGCACACGUGUUAUUAUCCCAUUUUCUCCGUUUGGGAAACAUUUAUUCUUCAGCACUGUCCGGAUAAAAGUUGUAGUUUUUUUUUCUCUGUUAGAGAUUUGAUACAUACAGAGACAAGGUAGAAACAUGUCGCUAAGCAGAAGCAUUGAAUUUGAACACUUCGAGGAACGGGAGAAACCGCACCGGACUCCGAGGACCAACUCUGGCUCCGGGUGCCACUCCGGCAGCAGAGGCAACGGUCUGGUCCCCAGCCCUGCGCACAGUGCGCACUGUAGUUUCUACCGCACACGCACUCUGCAGUCCCUCACCUCUGAGAAAAAAGCCAAAAAAGUGCGCUUUUAUCGCAAUGGGGACAGAUAUUUUAAAGGUCUGGUGUAUGCUGUGUCUAACGACCGGUUCAGGUCUCUGGAUGCUCUGCUCAUGGAGCUCACAAGGUCUCUGUCCGACAAUGUCAACCUUCCUCAGGGAGUUCGCAUGUUAUACACGCUGGAUGGAUGCAGGAAAAUCGCCAGUCUGGAUGAGUUAGUCGAGGGUGAAAGCUACGUGUGUGCCUCAAACGAAUCCUUUCGACGUGUGGACUAUACCAAGAAUGUCCACCCCAACUGGGCAGUGUGCAGCAAGACCGGCACAUCCCGCUCCCUCUCCUCUCUCUUCCCGCUGAAGAAUGAGCUGCUGCGUGAGUCCAAGGAGUACAUCAAACCCAAACUGGUCACAGUCAUCCGCAGUGGUGUCAAACCUCGUAAGGCAGUGCGGAUACUUCUCAACAAGAAGACGGCGCACUCCUUCGAGCAGGUGCUUACUGACAUCACAGAUGCAAUCAAGUUGGACUCAGGAGCUGUGAGGAGACUGUACACUUUGGAGGGCAAGCAGAUUACCUGCCUGCAGGACUUCUUUGGGAACGAUGACGUAUUCAUAGCAUGUGGCCCUGAGAAGCACCGCUAUGCCCAGGAUGACUUUCUGUUGGAUCAGAGCGGUAAGGCUUCCACAGCCUUUAUGACUGAAUGCAGAGUGGUGAAGUCAUCACACAGUCGGUCCACUACUCCAAACAGGACAGCUAAGAGUCCUUCACGACGCAGCAAGUCCCCUGGUGCAGUAAGACACACGGUCCACUACAGCACCAGCCAGUCUCCAAUCAAAUCCCCAGUGAAUGGUGUCUCAAGCAGUCAGAUCUCAACUCCGAAGUCCACCAAGUCCUCUACUCCGUCUCCAACCAGCCCCGGAACUGUUUCUGGUUUUAAGAUUCCUCCUUCACAUCACAUCUCUUCACAAAAUGUAAAUGGCUCAUUGAACAAUCACCAGGAGCUAACAAAUCUACCAAGUCCAGAGGCAGUUAAUGGCAACCUGCCUGCUUCCACCAUCUCUGAAAAAUACAAGAUUGGCAAGAUUAUCGGGGAUGGCAACUUUGCUGUGGUCAAAGAGUGCGUGGAGAGGUCCACGGGGAAAGAAUUUGCACUAAAGAUCAUCGACAAGGCCAAGUGCAGUGGAAAGGAGCAUCUCAUAGAAAAUGAGGUCGCUGUGCUACGGAGAGUCAAACAUCCCAACAUCAUCAUGUUGGUAGAGGAGGUGGACACGUCCUCUGAGCUCUACCUGGUGAUGGAGCUUGUCAAGGGAGGGGAUUUAUUCGAUGCCAUCACCUCCUCGGCCAAGUACACAGAGAGAGACGCCACUGUCAUGGUGUACAAUCUGGCUGCAGCUCUGAAGUACCUGCACAGCAUGAGCAUUGUCCACAGAGACAUUAAACCUGAGAACCUGCUGGUGUUUGAGUAUCCAGAUGGCACCAAGUCACUGAAACUCGGGGACUUUGGUCUUGCCACAGUGGUGGAGGGACCUUUGUAUACUGUGUGUGGUACACCUACAUACGUGGCUCCAGAAAUAAUCUCUGAGUGUGGCUACGGUCUGAAGGUUGACAUCUGGGCUGCAGGUGUCAUCACCUACAUCCUGCUGUGUGGCUUCCCUCCAUUUAGAAGUGAGAGUAACCUGCAAGAGGAUCUGUUUGACCAGAUCCUUCUGGGACGGCUUGACUUUCCCAGUCCUUACUGGGACAACAUCACUGACUCAGCCAAGGAGCUGAUUGGAAAGAUGCUGACCGUCAAUGCUGAGGCCCGAUACACCGCACAAGACAUCCUCUCCCACCCCUGGGUCACGGAUGACACAGGCAUGGAGAACAACAUGAAGAUGGAGGUCACAGGUAAACUGAAGACACACUUUGACACUGCGCCUAAGUACAACAACACCACAGCUGGGGUGUCUGUCAUCAUGAACACAGCUCUAGAUAAGGAGACCCUCCAGCUCACCAACGGUCAUCUUCCAGGACCCCAAAACAAGCCGUGUUCACCAUCGUCAGCUGGCAAGAAAGUCCCAACUGCACCCCUACCAAAGUCAGGACCAGCUUCUCUCCCUGCACCAGCGUCACACUCCAAAGAACCAAUACCUGCCAUCGAGACCGCUCCUCUCGACGCACCUGAGAAUCCUUCUGCUCCCAUCAGUUCACUUCCUUUCUCCCCUUUACCUUCUGCUGAAACCUUCCCCAUCACCUCUUUGCCUGUGUCCCCUCUUCCUGAAUUAAAAACCUCACCCUUCUCUGCUCCUUACCUAUCUCUGGAACCUCCAUCGCCCUCUACUCCUCCUGAGCUUUUUAUGCACACAACUCCCUCCACACCUUCCUCCCAUCAUUCCUCAUCAUCUCCAACCAAAGGAGACCCAAUCUCCUCUUCUCCUACAAACCCAGCUUGUCUUUCUUCAAAUCUUCCCACCAAGCCUGCUUCUCUUUCUCCUCCCUCUUCUCCAACCAAACCAACCUCUCACUCUCCCCCCUUUUCUCCUUCCACAUCAGCUUCUCCUCCUCCUUCUCCCUCCACAACAUCUCCAUCUUCUUCCUCCCCUUCUACAAAACCAGCUUGUCCUUCUGCCCCCUUUUCUCCCUCCAAAUCAGCUUCAGAUUCUCCCUCAUCUCCCAACAAACCAUACUCUCUUUCUCCAAUAAAAUGUCUGCCAUCUUCUCUGUCCCCUCCCACCAAACAAACCCCAUCGUCUCCUACCAAAGAGGAGACGUCCCCAUGUUCCUCUCCCACUAAACAAGCAUCCCCCUCCCUACUUUCCCCAGUGAAACCUGUUGUAUUCUUCCCUCUGUCCUCCUCGGCCAAUCGAGAACCCCCCUCCCCCUCUUCCAUCCAUCCAAUGCUGUUCCCUUCUCCUCCUUCUACACCUCCUAGAUCCACCACUCCUCCCUCUCCCAGUCAUCUCCUCGAUGAAGAGCUCAUUCAAGAGCAGUUUUAAACGAUAAUUCUGCAGCCAAUCACUCCUCUCGCCCCUGACCUUACGUGUGUGAAUUAGAAAACACAAGAGGAGGCUAAAAACUCCAUCUUUAGCAUUUCCAGUAGCUGUAAACUGAGCCAGAGACCGCUGCGUCCAUGUUUUCUUUUAUUCUCAUCCAACUCAUUUUCAGAGACGGAGGAUUCAAGGCAUUUUCUCUGACUUUGUCGACUGUAUACAUGUUUGUAUUUAUUAAUAAUGGAGGAUGUGGAGAAAUGAAUAUAUCACUGUUCUGAGUGGUUUGUCUUUGUAAGUCAUGUUACUGUGAAUGAUUUCUUUAAUUUAUUCUCCUUCUUUGACUGCCUAUUUGUUUUGUAAAUAGUAAUUCAUCACACACACACACACACACACACUCCUCCUGCUUUAUCAAAGAAACAGUGAGUUCAUGAUGGGAGUAUUUCAGCAUAUCAAACAUCUCAGCCUGCUAGCCUAGCUACCCGUAGUGUUAACUAACUCUAACCACUACCAGUGUUUUCUCAGCUAAUCCCGAUGGAGACUGCAUAUAAAAUGUUGAAUUUAAGAUUAUAUUAAUUGUUACAACAUACCAGUACAGUGGGUGGACAAAAUAGUAGUUACAUCUGCCAAAGCACUUCAGACUAAUUACGUUGAAGGCAAUAAUCAUCAGGGUGGUGGGGGGUUCUGUGUGUUUUUGGGAAGUGACCUGUUCAUUUUCUUUCUAUUAAGGCCCCCUUUAUUUAAAAAAAAAAAAGCCUAUUUCUUAUUUCUUGGCCAUGAAAACCAAAGAUUAAAAUUGUUUUAUUUAAAAACAUUAAGAGGCCUUAAGAUAUAAAAUUGUCCUUCUACUCUAAAUGAAAACAAACAAGAGAAAAAACACUAUUAUUAAGUUAAGAUGAGCCCUGAGCUUUGAUUUCGUAGAAAGUGGCGCCAAUAGUGCUGUACAUUAAGGGUGACUUUCCUUUUUGUAUUUUUUCCUUUGUGGAGCGUGAAGGAUUUUUAGUUUAAAAUAUAACAGCAGAGUACCUUUGUUUCUUUCAUCAACCAAUCAAUCUUUAUUUGUACCAUACCAAUUCACAACAAACAUUAUCUCGAGACAUCUAUCAAAAAGUGCAAUUAGCAAAGUAGCAGAAAGCUCUUUUAGUUAUUUUGUUGAGGGCCCUACGGAUCUCAUCUUUGGUGAGCUUAUUAUGAAAUACCUGAGCUAAUUAAAGAGUCUCAGCAUGUCAAUACAAUGUUGUGUUUAUUAGUAAACGUACCCCUUUAACAUUACCUUUCUUACUCAUGAAUUCAUUUGGUAGAAUAUUUUGUUCACCCACUGUAACUGAGGCAUGCUUACACAUUUAGUCACACUCCACCCUGUAUGUAUUCUUUGAUGUGAAAACUUUGUACAUAGUGUGAAGAACCUUAGCUGUCCACCUGAAACUUGAAGGUUUGUUUUUGGCUCUGUGUGUCUGAGCAGCCGUAACUGCUAAAAUAGUAAAAUAGAUCCAACAGACAUGAUAGCAAAUAGCAUCAUUUACCAGUCAAUAACAACAACAAACUGUGUGGUUUGCAUGAAACUAGUAAACAUGGCUCCUCCAGUAUUACAGACACUGUUGUGAUCUGUUGGAUUUCUAUGAAUGAAUGUGUUGUUAAGGGUGACGGGUUUGUGCCUGACCACUAGCUUGCAGCUUAUAGCUUAAAGAUGCCUUUAUCAAUACAGACAUGGCUAAAACUUAAAAUGUUUCCACAUUUUGCACCCCAAUAUGAUGGAUUUUCUCUAUUUGUAUAAUUAUUUUACUCCUGUUUACCCACAUCAUUUACCCCAGCUGGUGCAAGUAGGGCUAAUUCCUUGAGUUGCUGCCUCUUUACCUAUUCAGGAAUUUAAAGCUGCAUGUUUACUCCUUUUCCCCACUUCCUGCCUCUCUGAAAGAUGAAACCCUCAAACACACAAAUCAAGUUGGUACAUAAUGCCCUUUAGCUUCUCCUACAUGUAGUGAUGUGGAUUUUCAUCAGCAGUUUGUAAAGGGAAAUUUGUAUGAAAAGUCUGUUUUAAAACAGGAAUCUCAUCCAUGUAAAACUUGGGGUUUAUAAGUCAUAGAGUGGCUGCUUUAAUGUUCUUACUGUUUUCAAACAGCAGUACAGCAAACAAUAAAAAUGCAAUAAAAAAAGA